AUGAAUAAAUUAAUAUUGGAUGCCAAUGCAUUUAUUAAAGAAAUCAAUUUUCAACACCUUUCAGAACACUACUCAUUCGUAACUCAUGAGGCCAUUCUCACUGAAGUCAGAGAUGAAAGAGCCAGAUAAAAAUUAUAAAAUUUCACCUACCCUCUCACCUUCUUGACUCCAUCAGAGAAAAUGAUUAAAAUCGUUAAGCAAUUCGCCACAUAAACAUCAGACAUAGCAUCAUUGUCACCUAUUGAUAUUGAACUCAUUGCUUUGGCUUGUACUUUGAUUGAGGAAAAUGGUCAGAAGGACAAGUUAAAGUUGGAACCACUAAAACCAUUAGAGUUUAAUAAAAUUAAGAAUGUAUAUGGAUCCAAAAAUCAUUAACAAGUAGAAGAGGAAGAAGAAGAGGAAGAAGUAUAAAAGGAAGAAAAUGAAUAAGUGUAGAAUAAAUAAUAAUAAACUUAACAAAAAUAACAAGAACCAGAGAAUCAUGAAACAUAAUAAAAAUCAGAAGAGCAAGAAAUAUAAGAAACAACUUAAAAAAAUGAGGAUAAUGAUGAUGAUUCAGAUGGAUGGGAAGAAGUUGUUCCAAAAAAAAAAUAUUACAAUAAUUAAUCUAAAUAAAAUGCAUCAUAAAAACCUAAAUAAGAAGAAAAAUAAGUGUAAGAUCAAGAAGAGGAGUCUUCUGAAGAUGAAAAUGAAGAAGAAUGGAUUAAUAAUACAAACAUCCAUGAAAAAUUAAAUGAAAUUUAAAUCAAUCCAUAAGAUAAUCAAGGAAAUCUAUUUGGAGUUGCUCUUUUGACAACUGACUUUGCUAUGCAAAAUGUCUUAUUACAAAUGGGCGUACCUGUCUUAUCGACCGAAGGAUAUAUGAUUAAGAGUGCAAGAAGAUUCAUUUUGGAAUGUCAUAUAUGCAAGACAUUAGUCAGAGAUUCAACAAGACUCUUCUGUACUAAUUGUGGUAACAACUCCUUACUGAAAGUUUCUUGUUCUCUGGAAUCUGAUGGAACCAUUAUUUUGUAUAGAAAGAAGAAUUUCAAGGUCAAUCUCAGGGGAACUCAAUAUUCAAUUCCUUAGAAUUUAACCAAAAAGGAUGCCCCAUUUAUCUUUUGUCAAGAUCAAUUAAUGAAAAGUGGAAUUUAGUAAUAAUUAGCGAGACAGAGGAAACAAGAGGAGCUCAGAUAUAAGAAAGUAAUGAAAACUUAUGAAAAUGGAAUUGGGUUUGAAGAUAUUGAUUAUAAACAUCCUCAACAAAAAAUCACAGUUGGUUAUGGUAAAUUGAAUCCAAAUGAUGUAAACGAUAUGAGAAAAAUUAAAAGAAAUAAAAAACAUUGA